AUGGUGACGAGCGAGGCACUGAAGAAGAUGGAAACUUCGGAAGGUGAGGGACCUCAGCUCGACGAUCUCCCAAUCAUUGCAUCUCUGCUCUCUGUCAAUCUCAAUCCCUUCUCUGCGACGCGGCUAAUCUCCCUCCUGGAGGUAAUUGGUUCUGAGGAACGCGGACGCAGUGACUCAGCCCUCACGACUGUCUUCGAUGUGAUAGAAGGCCUUCUCAAGGGCAUAAUGAGUGAUCGCGACAUCUCCGACACAACCGUGUACUGCGAGGGACCUCAGAAUUGGCCCCUCCUGCAGGGUUUCCUUCGUGUUAAUUUACUUCCCUUUUCUCUCGCUAGGAAUAUCCAAUUAUUGAUUGAGCUUCUUUCAACGUUGUCGGCCUGCUGCAACUCGAUAGUGACUAGCACGAAGCUGCCCACAGUGAUGCGUGUCGCCGAGGCUCUGGUCGGGUCUUUUCUCGGCAAACCGGAUUUUCUCACUUUGCAAGUCACCAAUCUCUCUUCCCUCGCGGACUGGUGCCUUCUGGUGCGUCGCAAGUCCGGCGAAGGAGACAUUGCGGACAGCACCGGUGGGCCCAAAGACAGUCCCUGUGUUCCACAACGCUGCUCUGAGGGUCCUGUGUUCAGCUCUGUCGCAAGUCACCGCCGAAGACCCUUCAUGGAGGCCCUCUACAAGGCUGUCGAACUCACCGCACCCGAAACUCUCGACUGGACCCACGAAAUUGUGCAUCUCGAUGCAGCUUCCAGAAUCUUGCCGUCCGACAUCCGCGAUCGAAUUCGCGAGCUGGAAUACGACCUGUCGUUGCGUGACGCCCUUUUUCCGCUUCCUGAGGUACCUGGCCACCUGCAGUACCUUCUGCCCGACGCGUGGGCCAAUCUGGGCGAGCUCAAGUCCAUCCUGAGCGAAGUAGAGACGCUAAUCGGUGCCGCCGCCUUCCAAAUCUACUCCACAACAGGCUCGAAACCCGUGGCCGAUGCGGAGACCAUUGAAACAUUUUCGGAUCGCGAUUUCUCACUGGAGCUCGCUGCACUAGCGAGAUUCUAUGCGUCCUUCAAGAAAUGGACAAUCGACGCUGAGAAGCGCACGCGGAACUACGCGAAGGCGUCGUCGUGCAAAGUGCCCUCCCCGUCCUCGGCCCACCGUCGUAACGGGCACCCCCGCCACCAGCGCGCCUGCGAGUCCGCUUCGCGGUCCUCCAGAAAUGGCCACGAUAAACAUGACAGCGAUCGCAAACGGCAGAAUUCCCGCCAUCUGAACACAGUCGGUAUCAUGGACAACAUACUUGCAGGUCUGGACUCGGAGCCGCUGUACGCCGACAUUCACAAGGUCCUGGCAAAAACCCAGCAAAAUGAGUCGUGA